GCGUAGAUUCAAUAUCUGGACAAAUUUCGUCGAGAGGUAUUGAUAAUGCUUUCAAAUACAUGUAUAAAUAGAAUUAUUUACUGAAAAAUUAAAGUCUAUUAUAUAAAAUACGUAAACCAGGCAUAUCUGUUUUAUAUAAUUAUUACAGUUCUUAAACAGGAAAGAUACAGAUUUGGCGUAGAACAAUUGCAACCUGGAUGUAGCGUUAUAAAGAAAAAGUAUGCUCAUAAAAAAAUACCUUCCUUUCCGAUUCACGACCAAAAUGUUUACUCAAAUUGUAAGAACUCGAUACGCGAAUAUGCACGAAAACGUAAUUCUUUUGUAGCAAAUAAAAAGGUUCAACGAAAAAAUUAUUCGACAUCAUCCUCGGGAAACGGCUCUUAAAAAUACUGAUUCAUUUUUUUAAAAACCAUUCGAAGAGUAAAUGUACCGAUUAUAAUAAAUUACAUGUUCUUAAUAUUUUAUAAAUCUUACACAAAUCUUACUUGCUUAAUAAAAUUAGUAAUGUUUUAUACGAAUAUGUGUAACAGGGAUCUUUUUAUAACACACUCAGCCCUGGCAUUUGGUGUUUAAAAUUUACGGUCGUUCACUUAUUCGUGGACAUCGUGGUUGCUAUAAACGAACAUUGCAUUUUUGAAUAAACGUAUUUUUUUAUUUUUUCAAAUAGGAAUAUUUAAUAAAUCGUUUGAAAUAAUUUUCUAAGACUAUGAGUUACUUUGUUAUCAACGAUCGAGGUAAAAAUCAGUACGAGGUACUCGGUGAAAUUCGUACUCAGUCAAUAUUACGCCCCAUUUUUAGUUUCAUUGUAGUAGGUGUUUGUAUGACAUUUUUAAUACUGUCAGCAUGGAACUUUAACAACACAAUAUAUGAAACGAACAAUAUUCAUGUAUUUUAUUUAAAUUUAAAACGCUCACCUUUACAUAUAGUAUCAAACAAGUUUUUGUCCUUUGGCCUGGAUACAUCUUUGCUUCGCAAUAUAGAGAACCUACCAAUUGCGAAUGAAAAAUUUAUUAACUUGGCAAAGCAUCUUGCACCUGCUUAUGUUCGAAUAGGUGGUACAUCAUCAGAUUGUCUAUAUUUCAAUAAGACAAUGGAAAUAAUUCAUGAAAAAAUAAUCAGUCCCAUAGAUGACCAAGAUAUAAGUAACUUUACCAUAGCUGACAUAGAUUUUGAAAAUUUAUAUAACUUUGCGAUAAAAUCAAAAUUGCGCAUGAUUUUCGAUUUAAAUGUAUUAAUCAGAUCUGAAAAUAAUUCCUGGGACGCUACUAAUGCCAAAAAUAUUAUUCUAUUCGCCAAAGAUAAAUAUAUGAAAUUAGAUUGGCAAUUAGGAAAUGAACCAAAUUCUUUUCGUCAUGUAUUUAAUAGAACAGUAAAUGCUACACAACUUGCAAACGAUUAUUAUCGAUUAAGAGAAUUAUUAAAUGAAUUAGGAUAUAAUGAAAGUAUUCUUGUUGGUCCAGAAGUAAAUCAUGUAGGGGAUAGUCAUAGUACAGGAGAAUAUUAUGCAAAAAUAUUUUUAAAAAAUGAUAAAGACAAUGUGAAUUACGUUACUUGGCAUCAGUAUUAUCUUAACGGAAGGGAAGCUCGAGUAGAUGAUUUUAUAAAUAUUUCCACCUUUAAUUAUCUAUCGAAGGAAAUUAAAUCUAUGAAAGAUGCGAUCAACUUAUCGGGAAAACAUAUUCCUAUGUGGUUAUCAGAAACAAGUACAGCUUACGGUGGAGGUGCUCCAGAAUUGUCAGAUAGAUUUGUGGCUGGAUUUUUAUGGCUUGAUAAAUUAGGGUACAGCGCUAGCGCAGGUUUAAAUGUUGUUACUAGACAGUCGUUCUUUGGUGAAAAUUAUGCUAUGGUGGGACCUGAUCUUAUACCUAAUCCAGAUUGGUGGGUUAGCGUAGUUUAUAAGCACUUUGUGUCGGAGAAGGUUCUAAAAUUAACAUCUGCAAACAAUUUUGACCGUGUUCGACUUUAUGCACAUUGCACUCCUAAGAAAGCAUUAAUUAACAGAGUUUCAGCAAUUACAAUAUAUGGCGUGAAUAUAGGUGAAGUUUCUGUUUCUGUGACUAUUCAAGGGAUUCUUCCUGUGCUUCGUAGAAAUGCUAAAAUCUUUUUAUAUGCACUUACUUCUGAUAAUCUUCGAUCAAGAGUUAUAAAGAUGAAUGGAAAAGUAUUAAAAUUGCAACCAAAUGAAAAUUUACCAACAUUUUGGCCUAUAAUAUUAGAACCCACGCAAGCAAUUCCAUUACCACCCUAUUCAAUGAUAUUCAUUGUAAUACACGGUGCAGAGGUACCAGCAUGUAAAGCAUAGGUAUUAUUUAAUGAAUUAACGCAAUUAUACCAACCGU